AUGAACGAAGAGGGAACUGACGAGUCGCCACCGCGGUCAAAACGGAAGAUUAAGAGAGUGAUGAUAGUGUCAUCAACCUCUGGCUCAGACAGCGAUGAGAGCAUUUCUAUGAUCAGGACACGUAGAAAAAAAUUAAGAGUGGUCAGCGAUAACGAUGGAAGUGAUUCAAGCGGGAGUUCAAUAGUGUGCGGAUUAAGGCGGCGUCGCGCCGUGCCCAAACUUUGUGACUCGGAGCACGACAGCGACUCAUCCACAAUAGUCAGUGACAGCCAGAGAGAGUCUCCAUCUACAUCCAAACACAAGUCUGGUUGUGCCUCCGACAGUUCAGACGGAAAUUCAGAAAAAUGCGCGAUUUGUUUGCUGCGCUUCUUAGAUCAAGAGAUUGGGACUCCUAUUAACUGCGAGCAUAUAUUUUGUUUAGAUUGUAUUACAGAGUGGUCUAAGAAUGUCAACACAUGUCCAGUAGACAGAAUUACAUUUGAUUCAGUAGUUGUCAGGGCUUGUAUGGGAGGCCGUAUUAUUAGAACUGAGGCUGUCAAGGUUGUGGAGCGUAGACCAUCUAUUGAAAUACUGUUAACUACUGUUUGUGAGAUCUGUCAAAGAGGAGAUAAUGAGGAAUCAUUACUGUUAUGUGACGGUUGUGACCUCGGCUACCAUAUGCAUUGUCUUACACCACCACUUUCUGAGUUGCCUGCUACAGAAGCUUUGUGGCUGUGUCCUAACUGUGUAGAUAACAUUGUCUUGCAAGAUUCAUAUGAUGAGCCCACUUCUUCAAUCAAUAUUAACUCGUCUACAAGGAGAGUGAGAGAUGUUCUUCAAACAACUCGGACCACAACCAAUAAUCAAGCUGGCACAUCUAGAAGUCGAAAUGAAAAUAGAUUGAACACUGAAGUAGUUCCGACAACUUCCGGAGGAAUAAGAGCCAGUAACAGGUCUCAGCCGGCUACAAAAAGGACAAGAAAGAGAAAAAGAACAAGUAAUAGAAGUAAAAAGGUGAUUAUUGAAUAUGAAAUAGUAGAAAAUGGAAAGUUCCCUAUCACAAGAAGAGUCACAAGGACAGUAAGAAAGAGAAAGGGUCGAAAGCGACAGCCUCGAACCGCUGCGCGUCGUAACCAUGUUCAAAAAAGUGUGCGUGAACGCUUAGCUUCUCUACGUAUGGGUCAAUCCAGUGGCAUCUCAUUUAACACUGGCUUAUCUGAACUGUCCAUCCGGCGUGAACGUGCAGCCAUACCUACACUCAGUAUUUAUGGCAACAAUCACCAAUUAGAAUACUUCACAGAUGAUGAAGUAGAUAUUUCAGAGGGUGCCUCCACAGUCACUGCUAGCAGACAUACAUCCAGCAUUCUCAGUGCCUUCAGACAGGCAAGGAGAAAGAUGAUUACAAUUCCAUCGCCUCCACACGCUACAUCAGCUCCAGAUAUCCUCUCAAACAUAUUAGAAUGCCAGACAUUACUCCACUCAAAGAAAUCUGUUGUCUCUGUGUCAAUUGAUGGCGAUGUUAGUAUAACCUUGCAAAAAUCCAAGAGUACUUCUCAAAAGAAGCAAGAAACCCAGAAAGAGAAUAAGGUCGAUUUGUCAAAAAGCGAUGAUUGCGCGAAAAAAGUACCAUCAUACCCAGGACAGUCGCGAGGCGGAGGCGGUUGGGGAGGUGGUUACCGUGGGUCUUAUCACCGCGAUCAAGGCACUAACAACUACAACCGUGGCAACUAUGAUAACAAUUAUGGCAAUAGUUACCAAGGCAGGACGCCCGGUAACAACGUAUUUAAUAAUAAUUAUCAAAACAAUGUUCGUCGCGAUUCUGAACCUGAGUUUUUCGAGAAUUUUCCUAGACGUCCUCCUCAAUUUCCACCCAAUGAAGACCCUUAUUUUGAUAGACAAAGAAGGAAUUUACAGAACGAUUCAAAUAGACCAAACAAUUAUUCAAAUGUUCCCAGACAUCCUGAAUCAGGCCAAGGGCGGUUUAGUACAGGUUCUUCGUGGCCUUCUUAUAAUAGCGCACCAACGCGGCAAGAUGUGCCUCUCACGGCCCGGCAUUCAUUUGGAGGGUUUGAAAAUCCAGUUGAUAUGAGAAUGGGCCAAAUGCCCCCUAGGCCUACGGGUGUUAGCUCUUUUACGAGAGUGGAGCCUCCCCAGCAAGAAAAAUCACAGCAUUUGUACAAUAAACCCAUGGAACCACAGCCAUAUCAGGCCUUGCCACAGCCGCCUGUUUUUAAUUAUCCUAAAACAGGUGAACAAGAAAAGUCAGAAGAUGAAAAAAGUGAUACUGGGCUUAUUAUUGACACUGAAAAGUAUGAUCCGACUGAACCCACAAAUGAUGACGACAGUGGAGAUGAUGAUAAAUAUUCAGCUGCAACACCAACUGGCUCCAAUUUGAAAUCAUCCGAUGCUACGGAUCAAGAGCCCAUAAUCAAUACUCUAUUACCAUCUUCACUUCCGGCUUCUAAAAGUGUACAGAGUAUUUUAGCCGGCAUUGAUACUAGCAAUUUGAAUGUGCCUGCCAAUGUACUAGAUACCGCCGUUAGGCAAGUACUACAAGAACACAGGAAUUUAAUAGGAUCACCAUUACCUGCUCAUGAGGAUAAAAGUGAUGAAGAAUCUGAAGGAGACUGUCCAAACUUUUCUAUAUAUUCUGCUACGAGUGUUCACAUAGCUAACAACACUAGUACUUUGACUGAGGAAAUAGAGCAAACAAGACCUCAACAUAAUAGUAUGGAGGAUCUUGUUCAAGAAGAUGACGAUAUUCCGACACCUGAAACUGCUUCACCAAUAAAAUUAGACAGUGAAAUUACUCCUGAAGAGCCAUUACGCAGAAACGACACUGUAGCAAGUACUCCGAAAUCGGUAGUUCAUGAAACAAGUUCUAAAAGUAAAAUUGAGGAAGAAUAUAAAGAAAAGAUAUCUAAAAGAUGCCCGAUCACAACAAAUACACGUAACCCUAUCAAAAUAAAACUUAAUACACCAUCCUUAAUAAAGAGAGUAACCUUGUAUGACGAAGAAGACGUUAACCUAGAUAUUAAUAAUCAAAACGAUACCGCGUCGCACGAUAAAGUAGAAUUACACAAAUCUACCAGUUCUAAAAAAGAAAACGACAAACUAAACAGUGAAGAAAUUGACAACGCUACUGAACGAAAACUCAGUGAAAAUGGUUGUGAUAUUAAGGAAAAAAGUCGCGAAGUUUGUGAAAACGCAGCUGUUUUAUCCGAGCACAAUAAUACAAUUCAAAACGAUAUAAAUAAAGAGAGUAUAGUCAGUAAGGGUGAUGCUGACCACGAAGAUCUAAGGGAUAACACCAGUGCUGCUGAUGAAGAACAAUCAAAUGAUUCCGACCAUGUUAAUACUGAGGUGUCAGAUAGUGAAAUUUGUUUAAGCUCACAACAGUCAGGAGGCAAUAAUAAUGAAAUGCAAAACAAGGAUGAUGAAGAAAAUGUAGAAAAAAUGACUGAAUCAAUAAGUGAAACUGAAGAUGAACGAAGUUAUACACCAUGUUUGGAUGAGAAUAAACCAAAGGAUAUUUUAUUUGAAACAGAAAAAGAUAAAGCUUUAGAAGGGUUGGAUACCGAAAUGAUAUCCGAAGAGGAAGGCAAUGAAAUGUUUUCCGAAAAUGAGCGAGCGCCAUCGGUACAAUCUCUUCCGCCGCCGCCUGAACCUAAGGAGGUGGAGCCGCCGCCACCUGAACACGUGGAGAAGAAGAAAAGUGACAAGAAAAGAAGCGAAGUAAGGGAAGAAGGAAAAAAGAAAAAGAAAAAAGAUUCUAAAAAAGAAGGCAAAGACAAAAGCAAAAGCAAGAAAAAAAGUGAUACUACCUUCAAAAAACUUAGCAAAAGUGGUAAAGAAAGAAACUAUAGAGAAAGGGAUAAAGAUGAUAAGAGAAAGAAAGAACGUCGAUCGUCAAGUGAACCGCCAGAGUCUAAGAAGCGGCGUAAGGAAAAGCGGAAAGAUCUCGAGCGCUACGAUGUUCGCACCGUCGUCACCGAGAAACGAAGGAAAGUAAAGGACCCAUUUGGACGAGACAUAUCCCCGCCGUCGCCUUCGCCUGGACCUACACCCGCGCCACGGCGCUCAGUCAGUCCUCCGGAACUCCGUCGCCGCCGGUCAGUAUCCCGUGCCCGUCGCUCGAUAUCACGGGCACGUCGUUCCGUAUCUCGUGCGCGUCGGUCCAUAUCCCGAGCUCGGCGUUCCGUUUCACCGCUUAGAAGUAGGAGAACUCCGUCUAGACCCCGAAGGUCCCCAAUAAGAAGGUCUAUCUCACGGGCGUCUCCUGUUGCUUUACGUGAUUCUCCUCGGCAUCGGUCGUCGGGCCGACCCGGUCGAUCUUCGCUGCCGCGCCGUCUGCGACGGUCUAUUUCUCAUAGGUCGCAAACGCCGCGUCUAUCCCCCCGGCGGUCUCCUAGCGCUCGAAGAAGAUCGCCGGCGAGAAAAAGACGCAGACGUUCAGCCUCCCGCGCGCGUAGGAGGCGCUCCGCUUCCGCCAGUCCCAAGAGAACUAACAAGAAAAAGAAACGUACGCGAUCCGAACGUUCGCCGUCCCGUCGCAGAGUUGAAAAAUCACCUCCGAAGAAAGCGAGGAGUCGAUCGCUCGAUCUAUCUCCGGCCAAACAUAUUCCAUCGCCGUCCAUCGAUUCUCAACUUCUGUCGCCGCGUACGCCGCCGCCCGAGUCACAAGACGAAAUGCCUAUUCGACCGCCGUCGGAAGAGAUGAUACGCCGGCGUCGGCGGGACCCUGAUCGUCAACGUCGGCGCUUACGAGAAAUACCCGGCCCGUCGAAGGAAGUUUUCACGUCCGGAGACAAUAUUCUCGUCAGUGUGAGCUUCAAAGAUCAGGAACGAGGAGACGAGAGUGAGAGACGGCGCCGUCGAGAAAGCAAACGAGAGCGCCGACGACGGCGCUGCAAUAACGCACCAGUCACCGUCGCAGAGACCGUGAAACCUGUGGCAAUUAUUGACCUCGAGCGCUCGCCUUUCCGCGAGUUGACGCCGUCACCCAAAAACGUUAUAGUUUUGAGCGACAGUGAGCCCGGCGAACGGGACGCAGCGGAACCCGAGUCGCAACCGCCCGCGUCCGCGCCGACCCCGUCCAUGACGGGCCCCGAGCAGCCGUUCCUAACUAGCGGACCCAAAACCCCGCCCGAACCCAGUAUAGAUGCGAGCGGGUCGAUAGUCUCUUGUGGACCGCCCGUCGCCACGGUGGCCGCCACUCCCGCGCCUACCGGCGAUCGCUCACCCUGCACCGCGCCGCAACCGGAGCCGCAAUCGCCCGACGCGUACGAUCCGUUCGAGCCGACCCGUUCGGCGUCGGGAUCGCCCGGCUCUUGUCGUUCGCAGACAUCGAACGGCCCGCCGACGACUCCGCCGCGAACAUUGAUCACAUUGGAAGCGGCGCAACGCACUAACAUGUCAGCGGAUGAGGUGCUGGACCGGAGACCGCUAUCUCCGGCGGAAAAAGUCCUGGCUCUGUUGCAGUCGACGCGCGACGCGUCUCCGGAGCCCGUGGCGGGUGACGGGGCGGAGACUAAUGUCGGGGUCGCGGCGAGCGCGCCCGUCGGCAGCGCAGCGCCGCGCAUCGUUUUGCCGUCGCCUACGCGCACGCAGCCGAAACUGUUUCCGGGAAAACCGUCUCCUAUCAAGUCUAAUCCCGUGAAACCGAUGCAAGCGCUGCGGCCGCCUUCAGAUACGGGUGCUUCGCCGUACUCCCCGUAUUCCCCUGGCUCCUCGGACUUCGGCGACCUUUUCGAGCCGAGAGACUCGUUCGAAGCAAUAUUGCGCGGCCGCCGAAACAAGAACUCUGCCGCGAAAGUCCCUGUCAAACUUAAUAAAAAGAAAGGAAAGAUGCAAAUCGGCGUCAAAGUAGAUGAAGAGAAUUUAAAAAUUCUUGAUGAGCUCCCCAGCUCCGCUGUCGAGAUGCAGGUCAAGAGCAAGUUCCUCAAGAAAUUGAAUCGUCAAGAACGCGUCGUGGAAGAAGUGAAGUUGGUACUAAAGCCACAUUACAAUAAAAAGCACGUAACGAAGGAAGAAUACAAACAUAUCCUACGCAGAGCUGUGCCCAAAAUAUGCCACAACAAGACGGGCGAGAUCAACCCGGCCAAGAUUCAGUCGCUCGUCGAAGCGUACGUCAAGAAGUUCAGGAAAAAGCGCAAACUCGGUCUCCCGUAA